GCUUAACUGUGGCAGAGACACUGGGAAGAAUUGAAAAAGGAUAUGAAGCUGGUUGUGGAGGUCAUAGAUGCUCAUGAUCUUAUGCCAAAAGACGGCGAAGGAUCAGCAAGUCCAUUCGUCGAAGUAGACUUCGAAAACCAACUAAGCAGAACAAGAACUGUCCCAAAGAACCUCAACCCAACUUGGAACCACAAGCUGUUGUUCCAGUUUGAUUCAACCAAACCUUACCAUCACCAAUCCAUUGAAGUCUCCGUGUACCACGAGAGGCGACCGGUUCCUGGCCGGAGCUUCCUCGGUCGAGUGAGAAUUCCUUGCUCCAAUCUUGUCAAGGAAGGUGAGGAAGUUUAUCAAACUUACCCUCUUGAAAAGAAGUGGUUUUUCUCUCCUGUGAAAGGUGAAAUUGGCCUUAAAGUUUAUAUUGCAUCACAUUCCAAACCCAAAAUCAGUCCUUCCAUUUUGAUUUCAGAACUUGAAAAACUCUCACCUCACACUCCUCUGCCUCAAGCACCACAAUCCAACACUAAAAAUCUUUCUCCUACUCAUUUUCAUAGUAGUCUUCCCUCAAUAACUACAGAAGAUACAGUCCUUACUGAAGAAACUUCAGAAUCUGAACCCAAAGAAGUUACUACAUCAUUUGACACUUCAGAACAAGUCACCGAAGAAUCAGGGAUAGUAAACAAAGAAGCUGGAACAAAUCUCGCUGCUCGAAUUCAGUGUAGUGGCAGUGAUACUGAUCUAGCGCCAAAGCAAGAGAAGAGAGAACCUGUCCCUGAGAGAGCCCAACAGCUACACAGACACCAAGUUCACCAGCAACCAAUGAUUUCAAUUAAGAGACGGCAGCGAGGCACGCCGGCCGCGGCCGCUAUGCAAUCUGUUAAUUUUCCUCAACAAGUCCACCGCAGUAGCCAUGACCAUCCUAGUACUCUUGGCAACGUUCCUAGUAGUCUUGACCAUCACGGCAGCCUGGAUGAUGAGGACUACAAUGUGAAGGACACCAACUUGCAGCUGGGCGAGCGGUGGCCUAAUGGUGGAAGAGGGUGGAUGAGUGGCGGCGAAAGGUUCUCGAGCACCUAUGACCUUGUUGAGCAGAUGUUCUAUCUUUAUGUCCGAGUAGUGAAAGCCAAAGAUCUUCCACCAGGCACUCUCACUUCAAGUUGUGAUCCUUAUGUGGAGGUGAAGCUUGGUAACUACAAAGGGAGAACAAAGCACAUUGAGAAGAAAUUGAACCCUGAGUGGAACCAAGUCUUCGCUUUCUCAAAAGACCGCAUUCAAUCUUCGAUUCUUGAGGUCUUUGUGAAAGAUAAAGACAUGGUCGGAAGAGAUGACUAUCUUGGAAGGGUGAUCUUUGACCUCAAUGAGGUUCCAACCAGAGUUCCACCAGAUAGUCCUUUGGCACCUCAGUGGUACAGACUCGAAGACCGGCGAGGAGAUGGGAAGGUAAGGGGUGAUAUUAUGCUUGCAGUGUGGAUGGGAACUCAAGCAGAUGAAGCUUUCUCAGAUGCUUGGCAUGCUGAUGCUGCCUCUGUGUACGGCGAAGGCGUUUUCAACAUUAGAUCAAAGGUUUAUGUGUCUCCAAAACUGUGGUAUCUGAGAGUCAACGCUAUUGAAGCUCAAGAUGUGAUACCUAGUGACCGAAAUCGCCUACCGGAGCUUUUUGUCAAAGGACAGGUUGGCAACCAAGUUUUGAGGACAAGGAUAUGUCCAACUAGAACAACAACGCCGGUUUGGAAUGAAGAUUUGGUUUUCGUGGCGGCCGAACCAUUUGAGGAGCAACUAACAAUAACUGUGGAGGAUCAUUUGCACCCUACAAAAGAUGAGGUACUUGGGAAGAUAACCUUGCCAAUGACCCUCUUCGAGAAGCGGCUAGAUCACCGGCCGGUUCAUUCCCGUUGGUUCAAUCUGGAGAAGUAUGGUUUCGGAAUGCUAGAAGCUGAUAGGAGGAAGGAAUUGAAAUUUUCAAGCAGGAUUCACCUCAGAAUUUGCCUUGAAGGUGGAUACCAUGUGAUGGAUGAGUCCACCAUGUACAUGAGUGAUCAAAGACCAACUGCAAGGCAGCUGUGGAAGCAGCCGAUUGGGAUACUUGAAGUAGGCAUCUUAGGAGCACAGGGGCUUCUCCCAAUGAAGAUGAAGGAUAGCCGCGGCAGCACAGAUGCCUAUUGCGUCGCCAAGUACAGCCAGAAAUGGGUCAGAACAAGAACAAUUCUUGACACUUUCAGUCCAAAGUGGAACGAGCAAUACACAUGGGAAGUUUAUGAUCCUUGUACUGUCAUAACUUUGGGGGUUUUCGAUAACUGCCAUCUAGGCAGCAAUGCGGCGGCACGUGAUUCCCGAAUUGGAAAGGUCAGGAUCAGGCUCUCAACAUUGGAAGCUAACAGAAUCUACACUCAUUCUUAUCCUCUCCUUGUUCUGCACCCGCAUGGUAUCAAGAAGAUGGGUGAGCUUCAGCUAGCAGUGAGGUUCACCACACUCUCACUAGCUAACAUUUUUCACAUUUAUGGCCAACCGUUGCUUCCAAAGAUGCAUUACUUGCAUCCUUUCACUGUCAACCAAGUAGACAAUUUACGCUACCAAGCUAUGAACAUUGUGGCGACGAGACUAGGAAGAGCUGAACCUCCUCUCAGGAAGGAGGUAGUUGAGUACAUGUUGGAUGUUGAUUCUCAUAUGUGGAGCAUGAGGAGAAGCAAGGCGAAUUUCUUCCGAAUCAUGUCGCUUUUCUCCGGAAUGAUCACAAUGGGUCAAUGGUUCAAUCAAGUUUGUCACUGGAAGAAUCCCAUCUCAUCAGUCCUUGUUCACAUCCUUUUCCUGAUACUAAUUUGGUAUCCCGAAUUGAUGCUCCCAACGUUAUUCCUAUACAUGUUCUUCAUAGGCCUAUGGAACUAUAGGUUCCGGCCUAGGAACCCGCCUCACAUGGACACUAAACUUUCCUGGGCGGAGGCCGUUCACCCGGACGAACUCGACGAGGAGUUCGAUACAUUCCCAACUUCAAGAUCUCAUGAUGUUGUGAGGAUGAGGUAUGACAGGCUAAGAAGUGUUGCAGGUAGGAUUCAAACAGUUGUUGGAGACAUUGCUACACAAGGUGAGAGAUUCCAGUCUCUGCUGAGUUGGAGGGACACAAGAGCAACUAGCCUCUUUAUAGUGUUCAGCUUCUGUUCGGCGGUGGUUCUCUAUGCAACGCCACCGAGAGUGGUGGCUCUGGUGACCGGCUUGUAUUACCUUCGCCAUCCGAGGUUUCGCAGCAAGCUUCCUUCGGUUCCAAGCAAUUUCUUCAAGAGGCUACCAGCUCGAACAGAUAGCAUGCUUUGAUAAUUAUUAGUUUUCAGUAUGAUGAGUUUUAUGUAUUUAUUGUUUUUCUUUUCUGUAUUUUUACUUCUUCAUAGUUCAUAGUAUAUGUUCUGUUUAAGUUCCAUCAUCUCGAGACACCAAAAGAAGUUCUAUCAUCUCAGAAAGUGCCUUUGCUCAUAUAUAGCACCAUGUAAAGAUUGUACCUAUAUGGAUUUACCA